ACGGUGCGAGUUUUUUUUAAUGCUAGAUUGAUCGAGCAUCUUACACGGGAAGAUAAAGAAGAAGAAGAGCGGGAACGGUACACAAGCUUGUCACUAAUUUGCCUCCUUCAGCUUUCCUGAGCUGUCGGGGUUCGAUUGCCAUCUUGACUGCUUUCUCACCUGUUCUUUCUUACCUUUGGUCACAUUAUUAACAAGGUGCUGUGCAAGCUAAUUCAUUGCGAAGCUGUGAGUUUGUCAUUGUUUAUUUCUGGAAUUUUCCAGUAAGUAUGGUUUGCGCGAGUUGAUUUAAAAAUGUGAGAAGCAUGGAGGAAAACCAAUAGCCGAGUGAAGACAAUGCGCUUCUGACGCGUCUCAUUGCUGAACUCUCAAGCUCACGCUGAGUUAUGCCAAUGCAUAGCAAAAAUUGUGAGCAAUCGACUCUGUUCAGAAUCUAGCGAAAUCUUUUCCAAAAUGUACGGCUCCGAAGUGGAAACCGCAACCAGUUUCCUCAUGCACGCACACGGACAGAUGAAUUGUACCAUUUUUUGAUGGGAAUUUAGUUGCAGAUCUCGGUGUUGCAUACAUUGUCAUGUCGAGGGUUUUACAAGCUGGUCACUGGAGUUGCAUCGGACUUGAGACUGGGGUAUUGCUUACAGGAGUUCAUUCCAUUUUAGUUGCCGUCUGCUGGUUUAACUAAUGGCUCUGCGGACAACUCUUCGCCGUACCUCUGCAAACGCCCGACGUCAGAUUUGGCAUCCAAGCUUACAGAUCGCGAGGAACAGGUUUUGGUGCACAGAUGAGACCUCAUCGCAUGAAGUCUUAAGGAGCUUUGCUACCGCGGAGCCCCACUUCUCGAAGCCUGAUGUUUUCGGUUUUCCAAGUCUUACAAAAUCCCUCAAGGGCCCGGAUGCUGAAUUUAAGAGUUCUUACAGGGGUUUCAACAUCGAGCAUUAUAUUAACUUGCUCCAUGGCGGCUACAAUUCUUUCUCGAAGAGCGAUUCACAGCUCUGUCCGAACGAGGUUCCAUUUUCCAGUAGUCCUGUAUUCAUCUCAUCUGGCUACGCCGCACAACCUUCGAGCAGUCUUGCGUCGAAAGGCUGUUUUGAUAGACUUCACUUUUCAAUAGCAGUUGACAGUAGUGGCUCCGAACCCGAAAAAGAAUUUGACCAAGAUGAGCAGGAUAAAAUUGUACCUGUGAGGUCAGCCCGCUUAAAGGAGACAGAUUGGAUACAGAUUCUUCUACCGAAGAAGUUACACCCUUUUGCUCACUUAGCACGCUUGGACAGACCUAUUGGCACUUGGCUCCUUGCGUGGCCUUGCUUUUGGUCGAUCUGUUUGGCAGCACCUGCAGGCAGUUUUCCAGAUCUGAAGCUGAUGAGUUUGUUUGGAUUGGGUGCUAUUCUUCUGAGAGGUGCGGGUUGCACGGUGAAUGACUUGUUGGACAGUGAUAUUGACGGAAAGGUUGAAAGGACACGAGAUCGACCCCUUGCCUCAGGCGCUUUAACAACCUAUCAAGGAGUUGGCUUCCUGGGAUGUCAACUUUUGUUGGGACUUGGGGUUCUCCUUCAGCUUAACGACUUCAGCCGAAUCUUAGGAGCAUCGUCGCUUUUACUUGUGGGCACUUAUCCCUUGAUGAAAAGAUGGACAUUCUGGCCACAGGCAUUUUUAGGUUUAACAUUCAACUGGGGUGCUCUGCUUGGCUGGGCAGCUGUCCAUGGUGGCCUUGAUCCAUCUGUGAUCCUCCCUCUCUACGCCUCCGGGAUUAGCUGGACUCUUGUUUAUGAUACAAUAUAUGCCCAUCAGGAUAAAGAGGAUGAUUUGAAGGUCGGAGUUCUCUCAACCGCUCUGCGAUUUGGUGACAGCACGAAGACUUGGUUGGCCGGGUUCAGUGCUGUCUGUGUCAGUGGCCUAGCUUUAGCCGGUUUCAAUGCAGAUCUCGGAUGGCCAUUUUACGCUGGUGUGAUAGCAUCAGCUGGUCACUUGGCGUGGCAGGUUUCGUCUGUGGACAUACAUAGUCGUGCUGAUUGCAAUUCCAAGUUUGUGUCGAACAAAUGGUUCGGAGCUAUUGUAUGUAGUGCGAUUGUUGCUGGGAAGUUGGUGACACAGUAGUAUAGCAUAUAUCUCUGAUAUAUGCUAUACUACUGUUGAGUUGAGUCAACUGAUUCUUCAUGGUGAAGGACGUAUGCAGCAUCUGAAUGAUUCGUUUUGGGUGGAUUUCUGAUAAUGCCACCUCAAAUUCCAUCUUAGUCCUCGUUUUAUCUUGAUCAUUGUUCGCAUUCUAAGCACAAUAGAUUCGGCCAUUUGUGCCCAUUAAGCCCUCUCGUUCCGCGCGAAAGCUCCAGAUUCGACAAUGCUGCUGUCACAAAUGGACCUUGACCUGCCAGAAGCACAGCAGUUUUCAUAAUAUUUUAUCCAGUCCAAUCGGACCCACGAAUGUGUAUUACUGCGCCUUCUUGCAAGGAGUGUUUGCUUAAUGAAUGCUAAAAUUUGUGAUAAUGUUCAGCUGACUUACAACGUCCACAAUUCUAGAUGUCUCUAUGACUAUCUAGUUUAGAGGUCAUGUAGCGAUCAUGUUUCCUGUUAACGCUAUCAUGCCAACUUCAUGUGGUUUUAAUCUUUGAUUAAAUUGUUUGCG